AUGAAAAUUGUUAUUGAAUUGUGUAAUCUUCUAGAUGGCUUAAUGAAGCCGGUGAUAUCGAUGGUGAUCGUUCAGAUAUCAUAUGCAGCAAUGAAUAUAUUUUGUAAACUUGCAGCAGAGGCUGGAAUGAAUCUCAAUAUUCUCGUUGCCUACCGUCUCAUGUUUUCCUCUGCCUUUAUCGUUCCUCUUGCUCUUAAACUCGAAAGGAACAGCAGGCCCAAACUCACCCUAGUCGUACUCUUUCAAGCUUUUCUCUGCGGUUUGUUUGGGGGAACAUUGUCACAAAAUCUAUUCGUAGAAGCACUGGUCUUGACAUCUUCGACAUUUGUUGCAGCCAGUUCAAAUCUGAUUCCGGCGGUCACCUUCAUCAUGGCCAUCUGUUUCAGGUUGGAGAAGUUGACACUAGGAAGCCAUGCAGGGAAGGCAAAGCUUGUGGGGACAGUGAUGGGUAUCGGUGGUGCUAUGAUCUUUACCUUCGUCAAAGGACCAGAGUUCUCCAUCUGGUCAACUCGCAUUGACCUUCUUCAAGGUCACCAGGCAGCAGCACCAUCACCGUCAACGUCCUCCUCCCACAGAAGCACCGGUAGUUACUUGCUGGGCUGCUUCUUGGCUCUCGGAAGCACCGUUUCCUUUGCAAUGUGGCUCAUACUUCAGGCAAAAAUGAGCAAGAGAUAUCCAUGCCAUUACUCGAGUACGGCUCUAAUGUCGGUUAUGGGAUCGAUUCAGUCGGUAGUUUUUGCACUCUGCGUGGAGAGGGAUUGGAGCCAGUGGAAAUUGGGUUGGAACAUCAAGCUUCUUGCAGCUGCAUAUUCGGGAAUUGUGACUUCGGGGAUGGCGGUGGUUCUUGUCUCGUGGUGUGUACGCAAGAGAGGUCCAUUGUUCGUGUCAAUUUUCACUCCGCUCUGCUUGGUGAUUGUGGCCAUUGCUAGUUCUUUGUUGCUCAAUGAAAAGUUAAGCCUAGGAAGCGUAUUAGGAGGGAUUGUAAUUGUAUUGGGGCUAUACAUGGUGCUCUGGGGAAAGAGCAAGGAGAUGAAGACAAUUGAUAAUGUGAACAGUGAUCAAGAACAACCAGCCGCAGCAGCAGUACUACGAUCUUCAACGAGACUCCAAGAUUCCCAAUUCAUUGAAAUUUUUGCAACAACUCAAGCACCGGACACUAAUACCUCCGGUGACAAUAACAGCAACACAAAUGUUGUGUCUAGUAGUUGA